AUGCCUCUGAAGACAUCUAAAAUCGCAACAAGGCUGGUCAUCGCUAUAUGCGCGGUAGCUGCAUGCUGUUACAAACCUUGUGUUGGCUUGUACGUUCCGCAUAGUGCGCCAAAAGAUGGGAUUCUGUCAGCAGUCAACGCCUGGGCUGCACCUGGAUUCCUCGCGGCAGCCGCAUACGGCUCUCCACCCAGGCAUGCCAAACAUCGCAACGCUCGUCUGAGGCUCACAUCAAGCCGAAACGUGCACUGGUUGCCCGUGAACGACGGGGGCGGUGGCGAAAGCUACCCAUUAGUCGGAAGUGGUACCCGCAAUGGCCGCAACGACGCCCAAUAUCGCAAUUUCGCGCUGUACGCGAAGCCGGUCAUCAGCGAUCACAGCUACCCGCGAUCUAGGAUACCGAGACACGCCACUGUGGACUACGAAAACCUGCUGAGGUCGCACGAUCCCGAGCAAAUCAACUACAACACGCGGCUGAGGGACAUGCCGGGGGUGGACAUGGGCGCCUUGGACAAUGUCUACGGGCGCAUUUUCGAUCGCAGGGUGCUGAUUAAGCAGCUGCGGUACUUCCUGGAACGGGACGAGUUCCACUCCAUCAAGCGGCUCCUCAGCGAGAACAGGCUGGUGCUCACCAAGGAGGACUGCAAGCGGUUCGUCGACGACGUGGACCACCUGCUGCAGGUGCGGCUGGGGUACCAGGAGCCUACGGACGAGAAUAUGGAGCAGACUAUGCCGUUCCUGGUGGCCCGGUACGUGCUGCAACACCUCAUCCCGCAAGACAGGCAGACGCUCAGCUGCUACAGGUGGCUCGAGCCGAAGGAGGCGCCAGCCGACGUGCCGGAGUACACCGAGGACUACGAGGAGCCGAAGGGCACCCCCGAAAAGCCAGCGAGAGUCGAGGAUACCGUGGCGUACCGGAAGAUCAUGAAGCGGCUGCGCACGGUGCAACCCGAGCUGCGCCUCAAGGUCAUGAAGGAGCUGUUCCUGCGCCUGUACCGGGCGAAGCGCAACAAGCUCUUCGAGUGCCUGUGGAAGUACCAGAGGCUGAAGCCCAACGCCGAGGUGUGGCGAAAGCGGAAGGUUCGCAACAAGGUCAACAUCGACCGCGUGUCGCCGUUCCUGUCCAGGCCCACCAGGUGUACUGAGGAGAUGGUGAAGGAGUACACGGGGCACUUCGAGGAGGCUGUCAACAAAGGCGACCUGGCGACCGCCUGCAGACUGCUGAAGCGGUAUGUGCGGCGCAUCGACUGGAAGAACAACAUGCGCCUCAUGCUCAAGUUCAAGGACCUGUUCGGCGAAAUGCACAGGUGCAGGAAGUACAGCCUCGAGGCGCUCCGUAAGCUGCGGAUCCUCUACUGGUCCACGGUCAAGUUCAGGAAGGUGCUCAUCAAGAUCAACGAGCCGGCCAUGGUGCACGAGGCGGGCAAGACCAUGAAGGAGCUCUACGAGGAGCAGCUGCAAAACUGGCGCGAACGCACGCGGGCGAAGAACGACGAGCUCAUGCGGCGCCGCGGAAUAGACAUGGACAAGGUGCGCGACUUCUCCAACAUAUACGGCUUCGACUGGGUGCCCAUCCUGUACCCCGAGGAGUACGAGGCUGGGAUCAAGGCGCAGGAGGAGCGCCUCAACAAACUGAGAAGGAAGGCGCAGUGGGUCAAGGACGAGCUGCAGAGGAGGCGGAUCCGCGAAAUGGGCGAAGGCGACGAGCCCGUGCGCAAGAAGGGGAAGACGCCGACGCUAUGGAUCUAG